AUGGAUAACUUACAUACAACAUAUGCAGCAGGAAAUAUAUCAACAGUACCAUCAACAAUAUCAACAUCAUCCGAUUUUCAUCCUCAAUCACAAUAUCAUCAACGACAGCAACAGCAACAAAAACAAGCGGAAUAUAAAUUAACAGCUGAUAAUAAUAUUACUGUUACAAAUGAUACAGUAGAUAUCAACGAUACAGUACAAUCAUCACAUGUGAUACAAUCAGCAUUAUUAAAUACUACUGGUAUCAAUAGCGAUCGUCGAGUUUUUUUCCAAGACGAAUUACGUGAAAUUGAACCUGUUACAACUGGGCUACAAUCAACUACUGAGGUGUGUUAUUAUCAAACAUUAUCAGCUACAGCAAAAAAUAUUCCUGAUAUUGGUGAUACUUAUUGUGAACAACAAGAACAUCUCAUAUUUUUGUCUGAUCAAAGUUCACGAUCAACAAGUAGUGAUGUUAGUUAUUCGUAA